AUGGGCAGCUGUGGAAGUUCCCUCAACUGCAACAAGUGUUACGCCAGUGAACCGAUCGAUGGUUGCAUUACCGAAAUCGACAUAGACCCUGACAUCGCGGGCAUUGGAGUAUUGAUAUCUUUUCUCUUCUGCGCUUAUAUGCUCUCUGCCGUCAUUAUCUGGGGCUACUACAAUGAGUGUUUACCCCUCGACAUACUCUCCCGCACCGAUCACUACGCACUGCGAGCACUCAAGAAGCUGCGUCGUCCUUUCGUAGAAGCCGAUCUUCAUUUCGAGCCUACGCCAAAGCAGGAAGAAAGAACUCAGAUUAUCGUUGGUUUCGCCACAGUCUUAAGCGACCAACAACUUAUCACCGGUGUUGCGAUCCUAAUCGCGGGACUCGCUAGUCGGUGCCGCAUCACCUUCUACGAGUUCAAUAUCGUCACGUAUCUAGCGUAUUUCGCGACCGUCACACAUGCGCUCUCUCUGGGGGUGCUUCAAAGUCAUCUCUUCAAGCGUAAGCUCCCGCAAUUGAAGUCAUUAAUGUUGCGAAGCCUGUUCAUCUUCCGAGGCGAGUUCGACGGUGGAGAGUCCGGCGAAGAGAAUCAACCCGGCGGAAGGUAG